AUGGCUUCUCGUCCCCAGAACAUUGGCAUCAAGGCCAUUGAAGUCUACUUCCCCAGCCAGUAUGUCGAGCAGUCCGAGCUCGAGCAGUUCGACGGCGUCAGUGCCGGAAAGUACACAAUCGGUCUUGGCCAGACCAAGAUGGCCUUCUGCGAUGACCGCGAAGAUAUCUACUCCUUCGCCCUGACUGCCGUCUCCAACCUGCUCAAGAAGUACGAGAUCGACACAAACUCAAUUGGCCGCCUUGAGGUCGGCACAGAGACCCUCUUGGACAAGUCCAAGUCGGUCAAGUCUGUUCUGAUGCAGCUGUUUGGCGACAACACCGACCUGGAGGGUGUCGACAACAUCAAUGCCUGCUACGGAGGCACCAACGCCUUCUUCAACGCUGUCAACUGGGUCGAGUCCUCUGCUUGGGACGGACGGGAUGCUAUCGUGGUUGCCGGUGACAUUGCCCUGUACGCCAAGGGUAACGCCCGUCCCUCGGGUGGUGCUGGCUGCGUUGCCCUGCUGGUCGGGCCCAACGCUCCUAUUGUCGCCGAGCCCCUGCGUGGCUCUUACAUGCAGCACGUCUACGACUUCUACAAGCCCGACCUGACCAGCGAGUACCCUUACGUCGAUGGCCACUACUCCCUCAACUGCUACACCGAGGCUCUGGACGCGGCCUACCGUUCCUACUGCCAAAAGGAGAAGAAGCUGCAGAACGGCACCGCCAACGGCCACGCCAAUGGCAACGGUGUCGCGGACGGCCCUGUCAAGACCCCACUGGACCGCUUCGACUACGUGGCUUUCCACGCUCCUACCUGCAAGCUGGUGCAGAAGUCUUAUGCUCGUCUCCUGUACCACGACUUCCUCGCCGACCCUGACAACUCUGCUUUCGCCGAGGUGCCCAAGGAGAUCAGGGACAUGGACUACAAGAAGUCCCUGACCGACAAGGUCGUGGAGAAGACCUUCAUGACCCUCACCAAGAAGAGGUUCCAGGAGCGUGUGAACCCUGCCAUCCAGGUCGCCACUCUGUGCGGCAACAUGUACUGCGGUAGUGUUUGGGGCGGCCUCGCCAGCCUUAUCUCUCACGUCCCCUCCUCCAGCCUAGAGGGCAAGCGAGUUGGUCUGUUCAGCUACGGCUCCGGUCUGGCUGCCAGCUUCACCUCCUUCCAGGUUGUGGGUAACACGGAGAAGAUCUCCAAGACCCUGAACCUCCCUGCUCGCCUGGAAGCCAGGAGGAAGCUCUCUCCUGAGACCUACGAGGCUCUGUGCGAUCUGCGCAAGAAGGCGCAUCUGCAGAAGAACUUCAAGCCUGCGGGCGAUGCGUCCACCAUCGUCCCGGGCACCUACUACCUCGAGGAGGUUAACGACAUGUUCCAGCGGUCUUACUCUGUUAAGGCUUAA